CAAAACACACAACGCACAAACCUUGCAGAAGAAGCGGAACGUCUUCUCAAACCUACUAUCAAGUCCAGUUGACUUUGCUCUACUCUACCUACAAGAAGAAGAAGAAGAAGAAGCUAAAGGAGGAGUAAACGAGAAAACAACGCCAGAUACUUUGUGAGUCAAUUGCUGUCGAAAACAGCAGAAGGACCAAGAAGUGUAGUUGUAAAUGUGGGAGAAUGUGUGACGUGCAGGAGCUCACGUGUCUGGUCCAGCAGCAAGAGGCUGCGGCGGCUCGAGACACAUCGGAUCUGUUUGAAAGGACGUUAGCGGCGCACGAGGAGCAGCUGCGGCAGUUAAGAGAUGAGAACGAGCGGCAGAGAAAGCAGCUGGACGCUCUUUUACAGCCUCAAGUUCGACUAGAAAGAGCAGUGUUGCCUGAGCAGCUGCUGGUGAUUAAAGAAGAGGUUCCCCCUGAGCAGCAGGAGCACAGCCCCAGUGUGAAGCAGGAGGAACCAGAGCCCCCCCACAUUAAAGAGGAACAGGAGGAGCUCAAUAUCACCAAGGAUAUCCCAUUCAGUCCUGCCCCUGUGAAGAGUGAAGAUGAGGAAGAGAGAGCUCAGUCCUCACAGCUUCAUCAAAGCCAAACUGAGGAGAACACAGAGGCAGAGCCUCCGGCCAGCAGCUCCACUGAAACAGAAGCUGAUGAAGAGGAUUUCCAAGCAAGUAGUGAUGGCCAGCUGCUCUCUUCACACUCCUCUGAAUCUGAGACUGAAGACAGUGAAGAUGACUUGGAGGAGACUGGAGAGCCUCAGUCAGGUUUAGCCUCAGUGAGUGAAGUCUUUUUCAGCCAUGACAGGUCUGAGGCUGGAGAGAAGCCAUCUUCCUGCUCUGUGAAGAGAGAGAAACAGUUAAGCUGCUCAGUCUGUGCUAAGAGAUUUAAACAUAAAAUUUCCUUAAACCGACACAUGAGAGUCCACACAGGAGAGAACACUUUAAGCUGCUCAGUCUGUGCUAAGAGAUUUACAGGGAAAAGUCAAUUAAACAGUCAUAUGAGAGUCCACACAGGAGAGAAACCUUUUAGCUGCUCAGUUUGUGGUAACAGUUUUACACAGAAAUCUAUCUUAAAUACACACAUGAGAGUCCACACAGGAGAGAAACCUUUCAGCUGCUCAGUCUGUGCUAAGAGAUUUACACAUAAAAUUUGCUUAAACAGACACAUGAGAGUCCACACAGGAGAUAAACCUUUCAGCUGCUCAGUCUGUGCUGAGAGAUUUACAUGGAAAAGUGAUUUAAACACUCAUAUGGUAGUCCACAGAGGAGAUAAACCUUUCAGCUGCUCAGUCUGUGCUAAGAGAUUUACAGGGAAAGGUGAUUUAAACACUCAUAUGAGAGUCCACACAGGAGAGAAACCUUUUAGCUGCUCGAUUUGUGGUAAACAUUUUACACAGAGAUCUGGCUUAAAUAAACAUGUGAGAGUCCACACAGGAGAGAAACCAUAUCACUGCUCAAUCUGUGCUAAGACGUUUGCACGGAAAGGUCAAUUAAACACUCAUAUGGAAGUCCACACAGGAGAGAGACCUUUCAGCUGCUCGAUUUGUGGUAAAUAUUUUUCACAGAAAUCUAACUUAAAAAAACACAUGAUUGUCCACACAGGUGAGAAACCUUUUAGCUGCUCGAUUUGUGCUAAACAUUUUUCACAGAAAUAUGACUUAACUAAACACAUAAGUGUCCACACAGGAGAGAAACCUUUCAGCUGCUCAAUUUGUGGUAAAAGUUUCAGACAGAAAGGUCACCUAAAUGAACACAUGAGUGUCCACACAGGAGAGAAACCUUUCAGCUGCUCAAUUUGUGGUAAAAGUUUUAAACAGAAAGGUAACUUAAAUAUACACAUGAGAGUCCACACAGAAGAGAAACCUUUCAGCUGCUCAAUUUGUGGUAAAAGUUUUACACAGAAAGGUAACUUAAAUACACACAUGAGUGUCCACACAGGAGAGAAAACCUAGCUGCUUGAUUUGUGGUAAACAUGUUUCAGAUAAAGGUCACACAAGUGCACACAAUUGUUCACUCAGGAGAGAAACCUUUCAGCUGCUCAGUCUGUUAUCAAACUUUUACAUGUAAAAGUCACAUAAACAGACACAUGAGAAUCCACUCAGGAGAGAAACUGGGCAGCAGCAGUGUGUGUGGGAGAAGUUUGUGCAGGCAUGACCGUGUUAAAAGUCUCAAGUGUGUUGGUGAGAGCAGCAGCAGCUGAAGCUGCAGAUCUGCUGCUUGAACUGAAUUGUUCAACAGGACAACAAACUAGAAAACAUGAUGACUGUCCAUCACUCAGGAUGAGGAAACUCAAACUCUUCUCAGUCAGUGUUGUUGUUGGAGAUGCAGCCACAUGUGAACACUGCUCACACACAUCUUGUGUUAAUGCAGGCUCAUUGAAGAGAGAAAUUCUUGUUGCUCCUGUUUGCCUCAAAUUCAGGUUUAUGUUUCCUUGUCACUUUGAUCAUCUGAUACAUGUAAGUUAAUGUUCUGGCCAGCAACUCAACAUUUGUCAUUCUUUACUGGAAUUAUAUUGUUAGACAUCAAUGUAG